AUGGUUCUCAUUGGACCUUUGGGUGACCAGGUGGACCAUCGAUUUUAUUGGAAUCUGAUCUUGUUUUGUUCUUUUUCUGUUUCAGGCUCACAAGUAAAGAGUUUCACGUCACUGUGGUUCAUCUCCGAGCCCUUAGAUGUAGUCACCAUGAGAGGGAGUUAUGUGGUCCUAAAUUGCUCUGCUGGCUCAGAUCGAGGGUCGCCAAUCAUCACGUGGAAAAAGGAUGGAGUUUACCUCAAUCUAGCAAUAGACGACAGAAGACAACAGCAGCCUAAUGGAUCCUUGAUAAUACAAACUGUGGUACAUUCGCGGCAUCACCGGCCAGAUGAAGGCUCCUAUCAGUGCGAAGCAUCAUUGGAUGGGGUCGGUGCAAUUAUUAGUCGGACAGCUAAAGUACUGGUAGCUGGUCCUCUGAGGUUCCUUUCCCAGACAGAAUCUGUGACUUCAUUUGUUGGAGAUACCGCUCUACUGAAAUGUGAAAUUGCUGGGGAGCCUAUGCCUACAGUACACUGGCAGAAGAACCAAGAGGAUCUAGUACUGACCCCCGGUGAUACCCGGGUGCUGGUCUUACCUUCAGGGGCCCUGCAGAUAAGUCGUCUACAAGCAGGAGAUGCUGGACUUUACAGAUGUUUGGCUAAAAAUCCUGGCAGCUCUAGAACAGGAAACGAGGCAGAGAUCCGGAUUCUAUCAGAAUCUGGGUUACAUCGACAACAAAUCUUCCUGCAAAGACCAUCAAACAUUGCAGUCAUUGAAGGACAGGAUGCGGUUCUCGAAUGUGCAGCCUCUGGGUAUCCUACACCAUCCGUGUUGUGGAUGCGAGGAGAAGAAGUCAUACCAUCAAGGUCAAGAAAAUAUUCUCUCCUUGGAAGCAGCAAUCUACUAAUUAAUAACGUGACGGAUGAUGAUUCAGGCACCUAUACCUGUCUGGUUACCUACAAAAGCGAGAACAGCAGUGCCUCUGCAGAGCUCAGCGUUACGGUGCCCCCAAGGUUCAUGAACCACCCAGCCAACCUGUACGCCUAUGAAAGUAUGGACAUUGAGUUUGAAUGUGCUGUAUCAGGAAAGCCUCCUCCUACAGUGAAGUGGACCAAGAAUGGGGAGGUGGUCAUCCCCAGUGACUACUUCCAGAUUGUGGGUGACAGCAAUCUAAGGAUUUUGGGUCUGGUGAAGUCGGAUGAGGGUUAUUACCAAUGUAUAGCUGAAAAUGAAGCUGGAACAGCAGAGACGUAUGCGCAGCUCAUCAUUCCAGAUCCCGCUGUUCCUAGUUCCAGUAUCCUUCCCUCUGCUCCUCGAGAUGUGGUCCCUGUUUUGGUUUCUAGCCGAUUUGUACGUCUCAGCUGGAGGCCGCCAGUAGACACAAGAGGGAACAUACAGGCCUACACCGUCUACUUCUCCAAAGACGGGGCUCACAGGGAACGGGCAUUGAACACAUCACAGCCGGUGGCCUUGCAGUUAACAGUGGGCAAUCUGAAGCCAGAGGAGACUUACUCUUUCCGUGUCGUAGCCUAUAACGAAUGGGGGCCCGGAGAGAGCUCACAGCCAGUCACGUUGGCUACACAACCAGAGCUGCAAGUUCCGGGACCAGUCGAAAAUCUACAAGUGAUCUCAACUUCACCUACCUCGAUUUUGAUUUCAUGGGAACCCCCUGCCUAUGCAAAUGGUCCUGUCCAGGGCUACAGAGUACUGUGUACAGAGACUAUUUCAGGGAGAGAACAGAAUAUUGAAGUUGACGGGUUGUCCUACAGAUUGGAAGGUCUUCGGAAGUUUACAGAAUACAACAUAAGAGUCUUAGCAUACAAUCGCUAUGGUCCAGGUGUCUCUACAGAGGAACACUCAGUUACAACUCUGUCUGAUGUACCAAGUGCAAUGCCCCAAAAUGUAUCGCUAGAGGUGGUGAACUCAAGGAGUAUUAAGGUCAGCUGGCUGCCGCCUCCAUCAGGAACACAAAAUGGAUUUAUUACCGGGUUCAAAAUCCGUCACAGGAAGACCACCCGUCGGGGAGAACUGGAGACCAUAGAGCCAAAUAAUCUUUGGUACUUGUUCACAGGACUUGAGAAGGGAAGCCAGUACAGCUUUCAAGUCUCUGCAAUGACAGUGAAUGGAACUGGACCCUCGUCUGACUGGUAUACAACAGAAACACCAGAGAAUGACCUUGAUGAAACCCAAGUGCCAGACCAGCCCAGUUCUCUUCACGUCAGGCCUCUGACUACCAGCAUCAUUAUGAGUUGGACUCCACCACUAAACCCUAACAUUGUGGUACGAGGGUAUAUAAUUGGCUACGGUGUCGGAAGCCCCUAUGCCGAGACUGUGAGAGUGGAUAGCAAGCAGCGCUAUUAUUCUAUUGAGAAUUUAGAACCAAGCUCCCAUUAUGUGAUUUCACUGAAAGCUUUUAAUAACGCUGGAGAAGGGGUCCCCCUAUAUGAGAGCGCCACAACUCGAUCUCAAACUGACCCAUUGGAUCCCUCAGAAAUUGAGUUUUAUCCUUUUAUUGAUGAUUUUCCUACCUCAGUCCCAGAAAUGUCCACCCCCAUGCUCCCACCAGUAGGUGUUCAGGCAGUUCCAUUAACGCAUGAUGCCAUCAGAGUCAGCUGGGCAGACAACUCUGUCUUAAAGAACCAAAAGACAGCAGAAGUUCGUUUCUACACAAUACGGUGGAGAACAAGCUACUCCUCCAGCUCCAAAUACAAGUCUGCUGAUACCACAUCCUUAAGCCACACGGCUACGGGUCUGAAACCGAACACCAUGUAUGAAUUUUCAGUGAUGGUGACGAAAGGCAGAAGGUCGAGUACGUGGAGUAUGACGGCUCAUGCUGCUACUUACGAAACAGCUCCAACAUCUGCCCCGAAGGAUUUAACAGUCAUCACAAGGGAAAGGAAGCCUCGAGCUGUUACAGUGAGCUGGCAGCCUCCGAUCGAAGCCAACGGCAAGAUUACUGCGUAUAUCCUGUUUUAUACCUUGGAUAAGAACCUCCAGAUAGAUGACUGGGUGAUGGAGACGAUCAGUGGUGACAGACUUACUCAUGAGAUCCUUGACCUCAACCUAGACACGGCUUAUUAUUUCAGAAUACAGGCUCGCAAUGCCAAAGGAUUGGGGCCCCUCUCCGACCCAAUUCCUUUCAGAACGCCCAAAGUGGAACAUCCUGACAAAAUGGCUAAUGACCAAGGUCAGCAUGGGAUAUACUGGCAGGUGGACACCAAUCUGAUUGACAGGAGUAGUCUGAAUGAGCCUCCAAUUGGACAGAUGCACCCCCCUCAUGGUGUUACACCUCAGAAGAACAGCAACCUCUUGGUGAUCAUUGUGGUCACUGUAGGAGCGAUCACCAUUCUGGUGGUGGUGAUAGUGGCUGUGAUCUGCACAAGAAGGUCAUCGGCACAACAAAGGAAAAAACGAGCCACACACAGUCUCAGUAAAAGAAAAGGAAGCCAAAAGGAUCUGAGGCCUCCAGAUCUUUGGAUCCACCAUGAGGAGAUGGAAAUGAAGAACAUUGAAAAGCCAGUGGGAUCUGAAACUCAAGGAAGGGAAUCUCCCAGGCAGAGCUGUCAAGAUAUCACCCCUGUCAGCCAUAGCCAAUCCGAGUCUCAGUUAGGAAGCAAAAGUGCAUCACAUUCAGGGCCGGACACAGAUGAGGCUGGGAGUAACAUCUCAACUCUGGAACGAUCUUUAGCAGCACGUAGAGCCACACGAGCCAAACUCAUGAUUCCAAUGGAUUCUCAGUCCAACAAUCCUCCAGUUGUCAGUGCCAUACCAGUGCCCACCUUAGAAAGCGCUCAGUAUCCAGGAAUCCUUCCAUCACCGACCUGUGUAUAUCCUCAUCCGCAGUUUACUCUACGUCCUGUUCCGUUUCCUACUCUUUCGGUGGAUCGGGGUUUUGGACCUGGUCGAGCAGUGAAUGAGACUCAACAACCCCAGCAGUCGUCCAUGAUAUCCCACACGCAGCCUGAACACCCCAGUAAUGAGGAUGCUCCCAGCCGAACAAUCCCUACUGCUUGCGUGCGGCCGACCCAUCCCCUGCGUAGCUUUGCCAACCCCUUGUUGCCUCCUCCAAUGACUGCGAUGGAGCCUAAAGUUCCUUAUACGUCACUUUUAUCUCAAGCAGGGUCCAGUUUACCCAAGCCUCAAGUGAAGACGGCGUCAUUGGGGCUGGCAGGAAAAGCAAGAUCUCCGCUUCUCCCGGUGUCAGUACCGACAGCUCCAGAAGUGUCAGAAGAAAGUCAUAAACAUACAGACGACCCUGCUAGUGUAUACGAGCAAGACGACCUAAGUGAACAAAUGGCAAGCUUGGAAGGUUUGAUGAAGCAGCUCAAUGCUAUCACAGGCUCUGCUUUCUAACUGCAUCUGAAAAAAACAAAAACAUUAACUUUUUUGGCUACCAACGGGGCCUGGAAAGCAUUGCAGAGCAGUGCCCUUUAGCUCCCUCAGAAAGGCAGCCAAGGAGUUAAUUGGACACCCAGGAAUGUUGCAGCAUACCAGUGUUUCACAGUCAGUCUUCUCCCAUGAAAACCAAUGGACAGACCCACAGGCCUUUCCCACCCAUGAAUUGAAUACUUGCAAGAAUUCCCGUGACAUCGCCCGUUGACUCGUCUCUACAGAACUGCUUUAUGUGAUCCUUAUUUUCACAGAAAUAAAUGUAAGGAUUUUGUGUCAAAGACUUUUUUACUGGAAAGAAUGGCCGACACAAAACCUGAAAACGCCAUUAUGCCAGUAAUCCCGUCCAGAAUUCCAGCCUCAAGAUAUGUUUAUUGCUUAAUUGGAAGUGUUCUCCAGCCAUGUUCAUUUUUUCCAGUGGGGGUAUAGUUGUUUAUAGGAAAUUCUUUUAUUAAUUCAUUAAUUUUUUACUCCAAUUGUAUAUUUUUAGGUAAAGCUUUUAUUUUGAAGUUGACAUAACGAAUUGCCAACGUUGUAGUAUAGGACAUAUGAGAAAAUGCAAAAAAAAACUCCCUAGAAGACAUGUGGAGAAAAAGAGACCUACAAGUCUACAAUCAGAUUGUGCAGAGCUUUUUGCAAUGAUUAGUCUAGUUUACAUUACUUUUUUUUUCCUCUUUUAAAGGGGCUUUCCACAAUGUUUCCAUUAGAAUCUGCAAUACUUUCAAACUAUUGAGCCUAAGGACUCGUGCACACGGCAGAGUCCUCUGCACCAGUAUGACACUUAGUACACAGCCAUGGACUCUCCAUUAGACUCCAUGAAGCAAUGCUUCUAGGUGAGAAUCCAUCCAUACCAUCUUUGGGACCAUACUAUAAGCCUCUAGUUUAUAUGGAGGCUGACAGAGUUUUUUCUGAUUCAUAGAGAAUCUGUCAGCAAAAAAAGUCACAUGAUUGCCUGGUGCUCUUGAAGAAGACUACUUCUGUAAUAUGGUGCCACAAGAAGGCAGCAUGUGGUGUGAUUUAGCACAGGUGGCUCUUUGGUGUGCAUGAAACCUAAAACUAAUAAAUUCCUGUAAUCAUCCUAAGUGUGACUUAAUGACAGAUUCCAGUCUUAAAAGGGUUGUUUUCCAUCUGUUGACUUUUUCCCUUUUUAAAAAAGCUAGUAAUUGUUGUGACCAGUGUUUGGCUGUUGUUUUGUUUCGAGAGGGACCAGGAAGUACAGUCAAGGGGCACGGUGAAGCAUCAGAAUGGGAGUUGUAAAGGAUUGGUUUAUUAUUUAAGCAUUUUUUUAAAAAUCAAAAUGGUCGGAAAACUUUUUUUAAAAUCUUUAGUUAUGAUAUCAAAUAGUACAACACAACCCCACCCCACUGGCAUAGCCAAAAAAACAUUUCACACGCAGCACACAUUACAGUAGAGAGAAGGAAUUAGUUAUUAGAGCCAGUCAACAAGUAGCACCAACUUUUUGGAAAAAAAAAAAAACUCUUAGCAGCACAAAGUUGAACCUUGAGGUGGACCAGGGAGAAAAAAAAAUCCUGGGAAAACAACUCUUUGACCUCAAAUGUUCCUCUGGUUAUGAUUUAUGUCCCAUGUUCGAGAGUAGCGAUGAAGCACAGAUGAGUAGGUCCAGGGCACUGUCUUUUAUCUUUUCAAUAAAAUUGAUACCAUACAUCAUACAGUGACUACUGGCACACAAUCUCUGAGGUUUCACUGCUUUUCUGAUCCUUGCAACCAAUUAUAUCCAGUUGUGUCAAAAGUCAGAUAAAUUCCAUUCUACUGGUUCUAUUGGAAAAGUUAUGCAGGAUGAUUCCUUUGGUAACUACUUGAGUUGAGGUUUCUGGAGGUUAUAUAGAUGCAAAUUAGAAAUGAGGAGUGGAAAUCUUAACAUUUCAAGUUUAAUUGUUGUGUCUUCAUUAGACCACACAGUGGCUACCAUGUUGUAGGGACAACUAAUACAUGAACUUUGGAUUUACUAAUUACAUUACCAAGUGCCAUUGACACCAGUAUUUGGCUGCAUUUUGUAAACUGGUAGUAUGUACCUACUUGACAACAGUGUCUCCCCACUUCAUUCCACCACUGCAUUUAAAGAGUUUGUCCAGUUUCAAAGAUCUAAUUUUAUUUACCCUAUUAGGGUAUUAUAUAUUAAAGAGUUAAUAGAGAGGGGUCUCUGAUCAGGAUCUUCAUCUGUUGGAGGACCUGUCCUGUCCUGAAUUACUCAGACAACCCACUGAAUUGAAUGGACACAGUGUUAUACUUAAUUUCUCCUCUGGGGUCACUGCAGAGAAACUGAACACCACAGAUUGCAACGAUCACUGGGCGAAACUUUUUGGCAAGAGACAUAUCAAGAAAGGAUUGCCCAAAGCAAAGAACCCCUUUAAGUAACAGAUGCCUAACCUUUAUUAAUAUAUUUCUGUGAUGUGGAAAUAUACACUUUUUCCAUAAUCCUUUUUAGUGUAAUUUGCAUGAAUUGCCAGAGACAUGCAUAGCAUUUUACAUAUUUCUAUGUGUCGAGGAAAUUCCUUUCAUCCAUUGGAAUCAAAGCUUUCAUAUAGCAAAUAAGUAUAGAAAGAUUUACCUGCCUUAAAUAGUUGACUUAUCUUGUGAGACUUUCCGUUACACAUGGUAUUUGAAGGAUAGUUUUACUUGGAGGACUCAAAUUAGGAGAGAUUAGAUUUCAACUUUCUAAAUAAUUUACCAUGACAGUCAAUGCACCAGUGUAAAUACCAGACAAUAUUUGAACACCA